AUGCUGAGCAACGUUUUGCUGUGGUCUCUUCAGAUAAGUCUCCUAGGGGUCAGUCUUGGCGGGAAUGUUCUCAUCUGGCCAAUGGAAGGCAGUCACUGGCUAAAUAUUAAGAUAAUAAUAGAUGAACUCAUAAGAAAAGAGCACAAUGUGACUGUCCUUGUUGCCUCUGGCGCACUUUUCAUCACACCAUCAACUAGUCCAUCUCUGACAUUUGAAAUAUAUCCAGUAUCCUUUCGCAAGGAAAAAAUAGAAAAUGUGAUCAAGGAUUUUGUUUUGACAUGGCUGGAAAACAGGCCCUCUCCUUCAACUAUGUGGACGUUCUAUAAGAAGAUGGCCAGAGUCAUUGAGGACUUCCACAUGGUAUCCAGAGGGAUCUGUGAUGGUGUUCUUAAAAAUGAAAAGCUGAUGGCAAAGCUGGCGAAAGGGAAGUUUGAAGUUCUGUUAUCGGAUCCAGUAUUUCCUUGUGGUGAUAUCGUAGCUUUAAAACUGGGAAUUCCAUUUAUCUAUUCCUUACGCUUCUCUCCCGCCUCUACAGUGGAAAAGCACUGUGGAAAGGUCCCAUUCCCUUCUUCCUAUGUUCCUGCAAUUUUGUCAGAGCUCACAGACCAGAUGUCUUUCAUUGACCGAGUAAGAAACUUCAUCUCCUACCGAAUGCAGGACUACAUGUUCGAAACUCUGUGGAAGCCAUGGGAUUCCUAUUAUAGUAAAGCUUUAGAUGGCAGCCAUUGGUUAAAUAUUAAAAUCCUCCUUGAAGAAUUGAUUCAACGAAAUCACAGUGUGACUGUAUUGGCGACAUCAGAAACUUUGUUCAUCAACUCCAGUCCUGAUGACUUUAUGCACUUUGAAGAGAUUCCAGUUUCCUACAAGAAAAGCAAUAUAGAUGAAAUAAUUGAACACAUGAUAGCCCUGUGGCUAGACCACAGACCAACACCUUUCACCAUGUGGACGUUCUACAAAGAACUAGGAAAGCUCCUUGAGACUUUCUACCAAGUAAACAUUCAGAUCUGUGAUGGUGUACUAAACAAUCCCACACUAAUGUCAAGACUUCAGAACCGUGGCUUUGAUGUGUUAAUAGCUGACCCAGUAACAAUUUGUGGAGACCUGGUUGCUCUGAAAUUGGGAAUUCCGUUUGUGUAUACAUUGCGCUUCUCUCCAGCCUUUACAGUGGAGAGGCACUGUGGGAAAAUCCCAGCACCUAUUUCUUACGUACCUGCAGCCCUGUCAGAGCUCACUGACCAGAUGUCCUUUGGUGAAAGGGUUAAGAACACCAUAUCUUAUCCUCUGCAGGACUAUAUAUUUCAGUCCUACUGGGGAAGAUGGGAUUCAUACUACAGCAGAGUUCUAGGGAGACCCACCACAUUAUGUGAGACUAUGGGGAAAGCUGAGAUUUGGCUGAUGCGAACAUAUUGGGACUUUGAAUUCCCUCGUCCAUAUUUACCUAAUUUUGAGUUUGUGGGAGGACUGCACUGCAAACCUGCCAAGCCAUUACCCAAGGUUUUGUGGCGAUACAAAGGAAAGAUACCAGCAACUUUAGGAUCCAAUACGAGGCUGUUUGAUUGGAUUCCUCAAAAUGACCUUCUUGGACAUCCCAAAACCAGAGCUUUUAUCACUCAUGGUGGAACAAAUGGGAUCUAUGAGGCCAUUUACCACGGGAUCCCUAUGGUGGGAGUUCCCAUGUUCGCUGAUCAGCCUGACAACAUUGCUCACAUGAAGGCCAAAGGAUCAGCUGUGGAGGUGAACAUGAACACAAUGUCAAGUGCAGAUUUUCUCAACGCUGUGAGGACAGUCAUUAAUGACCCAUCUUAUAAAGAAAAUGCCAUGAGACUAUCAAGAAUCCACCACGACCAGCCAGUGAAGCCCCUGGACAGAGCCGUCUUCUGGAUCGAGUUUGUCAUGCGCCACAAAGGAGCCAAGCACCUUCGUGUGGCAGCGCAUGACCUCAGUUGGUUUCAGUACCACUCACUGGAUGUGAUUGCUUUCCUGCUGGCUUGUGUGGCAUCGGCUAUAUUCUUGGUUGCAAAAUGUUGUUUGUUUGUAUUUCAAAAGUUUGCUAAGACAAGAAAGAAGACAAAAAGAGACUAG